GUGUGUCGGUCGGUUUGGUUUCCUCUCGCGUUCCGGAAGCGGUGCCACUGGAGGAUUCGUAAAGGAGCGGUUUUUUGGCAGCCGUAGCGGGUCAAAGGAGUCGGUGGUGGAUCGGAAAGGGAGGAUUCAGAGGAGGCGCCUUCGGCUGUCGCGCCUUUGCCGGUUUCACAGUGACUUCGGCGUCCUGGUAACAGAAAUUAGUGUCUUUGGAGACAGUGAUGGCUUUUCCUCUCGAACGUGAAAAUGGAGGCCACAGGGACAGAUGAAGUAGAGAAAAUAAAAUCCAAGUUUAUGUCUGCAUGGCACAAUAUGAAAUACAGCUGGGUAUUGAAAACAAAAACUUACUUUAGCAGAAAUUCUCCUGUCUUUUUGCUGGGAAAAUGUUACCACUUCCAGACUGAUGAGCCAAGUGACCUGUCACCAAACAGAUCAAAUUAUGAUGUAACAGAGGAAGGGAUUUCAAGAAACGUUGAAGAGUUCCGAAAAGAUUUUAUUUCUAGAAUAUGGCUGACAUACAGAGAAGAAUUUCCACAAAUCAAAGGCUCAGCAUUAACAACAGACUGUGGCUGGGGUUGUACCCUGAGGACUGGGCAGAUGCUUCUGGCACAAGGGCUUCUUCUUCACUUUCUUGGUAGAGACUGGACCUGGCCAGAUGCAUUUGUCAUUGAAAAUCCAGACUCUGAAUCAUGGACAAGCCACACAGUAAAAAAACUGACUGCAUCACUUGAAGCAUCACUUACAGGAGAGAGGGAAUUCAAGAACCCGUCAAGCCAUCCUAAGCAAAUCCCGAAGUGGGAUUGGGAAAAUGGAGAAAGCAGGGAUGAACACUAUCAUCGAAAAAUAAUAUCUUGGUUUGGUGAUUUUCCGCUUGCAAAUUUUGGCUUGCAUCGCUUGAUAGAAUAUGGAAACAACUCUGGAAAAAUAGCGGGAGAUUGGUAUGGGCCAGCGGUUGUAGCACACCUUUUGAGAAAAGCUGUCGAGGAGGCAAGAGACCCUGAGUUACAAGGAAUAGCUGUAUAUGUUGCACAAGACUGUACAGUCUACAAGUCCGAUGUUGUUGAUAUGCUGUGCUCUUUUAUGGAUUCUGCAAAAUCAGAUGGCAAAUCUGUGAUUAUAUUAAUUCCUGUGAGGCUUGGUGGGGAAAGAACCAACAUGGAAUACCUAGAGUUUGUGAAGGGAAUGUUGAGUCUUGAAUACUGCAUUGGUAUUAUUGGUGGCAAACCUAAGCAGUCAUAUUACUUUGCUGGAUUUCAAGAUGACAGCUUGAUUUACAUGGAUCCUCAUUACUGCCAGUCUUUUGUAGAUGUCAGCGUAAAGGAUUUCCCCCUCGAGUCCUUCCACUGCCCUUCUCCAAAGAAGAUGUCGUUUAAAAAAAUGGAUCCUAGCUGCACAAUAGGGUUAUAUUGUCCAAAUAUUCAAGGAUUUGAAAGGGCUUCUGAAGAAAUAACUAAGAUUCUGAAAUCCUCAUCUAAGGAGAAAUAUCCCUUGUUUACCUUUGUAAAUGGACAUUCUAGAGACUAUGAUUUUGUGAUGAGUCCAGUCCGGGAAGAGAGAGGCCUAUUCUCUGAGGAUGAAAGCAAAAAGUUGAAACGUUUUAGUACAGAGGACUUUGUCUUGUUGUGAGAAUAUUUUUAUUUAUUCAUUUAAAUAUUUAUGCCCCAUCUUUCCAUCAGUCAGUAUCUAUAACAUGGCCUAAGAGCAAUAUAAAAACAAUAGGUACAAUAUAAUUAAACAACAUAAAAAAAGGAUGAGUUCAAAGAGUGGAAUUCUCAAGAGCUUUCAUUUUUCCAAAUGCAUUUUUAUGUUUCCUGAAUCCCAGCAAGGGAGGCAGGGGACAAUGAGCCGUUCUUGGGUAGGGAUUCCACAGUAUAUGCAUCACUGCAAAGAAGGACCUGCUUUGCAUAGCCACCCACAACACUUCAGAUGGCAGAGCUUCCAACAAUAACCCAACUCUUUCCAAGAUGGUGGCUACCAUCAUAUCUCCCAGUUGUGAAUUCCAGGAGAUAAGCUCUGUCUAGCAUGAAUUCAGUUUCCCACUAUGAAUUCCCUAAUGGAGGGGUGGAAAGGUGAGGGAAGUCCCUCUCCUACACCAUCCCAACAUACGCAUCAAGCAGCAACAUAUGCAUUGCCCAAAUAUUAUCGAUUAACUUUUAUAUAAACAUUUGUUGUUUCACUCAUCAAUCCGGGAGCUCCUUCAGCAGCUCGCAAUAGGGAUUCAAACAUCACAAUAGGGAUUAAAAUAAGGUUUUUAAAUACAUCAAAUGGCAUAACUAGUAAAGGCAGUGUGAUAAUCAAGAUCUGAAAGGUCUAGGAAAAUAAGUUUUCACCUGGUGUUGAAAUGAUAAAUUCCUUUGCUUGGCAUAAAGCAGAUAUCGGUGAUGGCCAAUAUUAUGUAGCCAUGGGCCUUGCUCACUAGCCAGUAGGUCGGGAAAGUGCCGAGGACUUCCUGACACUUGUAUGACCAAGUGGCUUAGGAAGUCAUGUCAGUGACUUUGUAACUUUGAGCAGCCAUUCUCAUUGUAGUGUAUUCCAGCUCCACAACAGAUGGCUCCCCUUGUAUCAGCUGUACAAGUUGUUGUACAGUUGAAUUGGGUUGUUGAGCAAGCCUGCAUUGAGCUUGAGAAUACUGGAAGCAGUACCUCUGAUUCAUGUGAAAUCUUUGGGUGCCCAGAGAGUGAUUGAAGACAGCUGCAAAUGUAAAAGAUUUGUUGAGCCAAUCAUGGCAGCUGACUUUCAUCCUGUAGAGCAGGGCUAGGGAGCCUGUGGCCCUCCAGAUGUUCUUGGGUUCCCAGUUAAGCCCAGUCAACAUGGCCAAAAGUGAGGACAAUAGGUGUUGUGGUUCACCAACACCCGGAGAGUUUAGGAUUUCACACCCUUAGAAUUUAGACAUGUUCAUCAAGCUGGUCACCAUGGCAUAGUCCAUCUGGUGUGACAGUUCAAGAGACCAAUUUCCCUUUGAAAAUACAUGGGCGAACAACAUUGAACAGGUGUAUUCUUAAAGGUUCAAAUUUUGCAACAUGGGUUUGGACUUAAAGCGUGUUGUAAAUGCAUAAAGCUAAAUAUUUUAUUUCAUAGUAAAUGAAUAUAAUAAAAUGUGCUUGUACAGGAAGGUACUGUUCUCAUUCAAGUAUGGUCGAAUGCUGAUGUGCCAAGCUGAGAUGCUUUAUACCACGCUCUGCUAUUUCUAGCCAUUUCGGAUUCAGUUUUUUGUCAAUGGAGAACUGCUAACUUUUAAUUAACUUUUUAUUUAGCCUCAGUUUUUUGUUUUGUGUUUUUCUUGAUACUUGUUUCAGGGUACCUGUGAUGCAGCAGGUCUCUGAGCACUGUGGUGCACUUUGAUUUAGCAGGUCAUCAUUUAACCCAGUUAAAGGCAGCCGGGCAUUUGAAGUAGCUUGUACAGUGAGUUUUUAAUAUGGAGCAAAAUCUGUUGAGACCAAGUGCUUAGGAUGUCUUCUUCUUUAUAACCUAAGCUUCAUGUGGAUCAAGAGCCAUUGAAUAAAAAUAUUAGUGUUACUCUGCCUGAACCCCGAUAAUGUUUAAUAAUGUAAUCAUAAAAUGCCAGCCUCGCAGUCCAUCUUGCUCAGAUGUGUAUCUACUGCUUAAUGGUAAUACUGAUACAAUUAUGUAAGCUGAGCAGUGAGUUAAGGUGCUGCUUAGCAAUAUGAUCUUAUAAUGACUACUCAUUAAGACUGUAGCUGAGCCUUAAUAGGAAGAGGUAAAACAGUAUUGGUUUCCCCCACAAUUUUAAAGGGUAUGUUACUAACAUUAAACUACAACCAAUCAUAGUAGACAAAAACAAUUAUUAGAUGGGAGCUGUGUUUUGUUUCCUUUCUCCAAAUAUGAUUUGGAUUCCUAUAAUCUUAACAGUGCAGCUUUUAAAUCAAAGCCUAUAACUGCAGGGUGAGGAGUCAACAGCAAACAGACGCUGUGCAUUUAGAAGUACCAAUCACUUAACAUACAAAUAGAAGGCUUAAUUUCUAAUAGAAGGCUUAAUUUCAGUACUGCCUAUUUUAAAAUCUACAUCAACAGUGUUGGGGGAGAAAACUGUUGCUUUAUUAAAUGUGAAAAUAUAAAAUGCCCAUGUCUUCAUUUUUAAAGAUGUAUUUUACAGGCAGGGAUGAUUUCAUUCCACUAUCUCAAGAAACAAGCUGUGUAAAAUGGCCUGGUUAUUUGUUGUGAACUAGCAUUAACAUUCUGCUGUAGCUGUCUAACUGAAUAAUAACCUCCUAGCAUACCUACGUAUGAGGAUGACCAGAGGACCGUUUAUAGAUGCAACACAAAACUUACCUAAUAUUAUAGCUAAUGUAGUUGAAUGGAAAAUUUACAAGUGGGAUUAUGAUUGACACAAUGGCAUAAUUACUGACAUUUUGGAAGUCAUGCAGCACAAUCCCAUGCCUUGUGACGCAAGUAAGUUUCAUUUUGUUGAGUGGAACUUAAGAAGAUAUAAGUGUGUUUAGGAUUGCAGCCCUAAUCUGUUUAACCACUCUUGCUUUUACAAUGAAUGUGGCCAAAGCACUUCUGCAUCAAUUGAUCUGAUCUAUUCAUUUCCCCCCAUUAAACAUAUGGAUACCUUAAUAAGCAUGGUUAAUUGAUUAAAAUCAAGAAGGUAAGAAUGGAUUUACACUGGCAAAAUAUACACCACUGUUUCUGGUGUCUAGAGUGAAGAGCAGAGUGUCUGUAAAUAUAGAAAGCUUUAAUUGACAAUGGAUCCCUAUGCCACAUUUGCUAUAUGUUCAUAUUUCUGCUUCAUACUUUAGAAUUCACUGUGCCAAACGCCCAGAUGUAAGUGCAACUAGCAUACAUACUUUGAAUCACCGCAUCAUACUAAGUGCAGUGUGUCUGAAUACAGAAUGAUAGAUUUUUUUACUAAUUGGUUAAAAAUGCCAUUUGUGCAUGUACCACUGUGUCUGCACUCCUAAACAACUAAAGCCACUGGAACAUUGCAUAUAUCUUUCUUUUUUUUUUACACUUUUAGUUUCUCUUUAAAUUCAGGCUUUAUUUUUUAUUUAUCUUUUGCCAGUUGACUGGCUCCCAACAGGAAUAAAGCUCUCACCUAGCUAGCGAUUAUGCAGAAGGAAAACUCUCUAGGGCAAAUCAAUAAGACUUUUAACUUUGUUUAUGAAUUUGAGAUCUUAUAUAGCCUACUAAGUGAAGACAAAGUUUUCUUUAAUAUAAUUCUUUAAGACCCAUCCAAAAAUCUUUGGGGGCUUUCUUCUCUGUCAACUGGUAGCUAUCAGUUCAACUGCUACAGUCAUUAAAAAAAGUUCCAUCUUCUAACAACUGCACAGGAAAAAGUCCUUGAAACAUUCCAAAUCAUCACAUUACAGGAGAAGAAGAUGAUUUUAUGUAUAUCUUUCCCAUUUUGCUUAAACAAGCCUUAUGUUGGGCUAAACAAUUGAAAUAUUUCUCUAGGCCAACACAACCCAGGACUUUCCCAUGAAUCAGUGCUAUUGAACUGCCAUUAUGGGAUAAAUGGUGUAAUUAUAACACCCGAGUCCAGUUUUGUAUAUUUCAUGUAUUCUGCUUAAGUCUGGUUAUUUUACGCACUAAGAAGAUAUGUGAAGCUUUUAAGCUCCAUUUCACCAGCAAAAGGUAAUCCAUUAAGACGAACAUCACACUCUGCUCUGGCUCUCAUCCUACCUCUGACACAUUUGCAGAUUGUCCUUAAACCUAAAGGUCUGUGUUACAGUGGUGACAAGUUGAAUUACUAAGUUACUAUAAAUUAAUGUUUUUCAGUAACUACAGGGGACUUUAAUUUGAAACCACGUUAAUUACAUGGUGAUUCUUGUUACCUCUCCUGCAUUAUCUCCCUGAAAUCUCUGCAAUUAAUUUGUGUCAUUACUGUUGUUGCUGCUGCUGCUUUCAAACACAAACCAUCCUAGCAUUCGUUAUCACACACCCAGCAGUAGCCUGUUUUCUUAAAGGCAUCUUUACAAAUCAACACCUGGCUUUAGUUAUUUACCAUGAUAUGUCGAAUGAAGAUGCAGUCGCAGAUGGGAUUAAAAUGACCAAAACUUUAUUGAGAAGCAUGGACAACAUACCCAAACUGUGUGAGCUCAACGCAUGGGGGUGCUGUCUCAAUUACUUUCAUAGCAGGCCUCCCCAGUUAGGGUCCAACCAAAGCAUCCUUGCCUGUUAAUAAACUCCCUUUUUCUUUUUGCCACAAACCUAUUCCCUCAGAGGGAGAGAAUCAGGUCACAACCUUCGUCUUAACAGUUAAUCCAGUUUUUGUAGGCAAUUUGAUGGUGCUUAUACAAAGCCAUCAUAGUAUUUCCUAGUAUAAGAAAGAUCCUGCCUGCAUCCUUAUUUGCAUUUGUUGUCCGAAGAUUAUGCACAGAAAUGCUCCUCUUACAUUAAUUUAAGCCCGGGGCAAUUUUUUAAAAUCCCUCUAUAUCCUGUGACACCUUCUCAAUCAAUAACAUCCUUUACAUCUUGCCUAAAUCAUGAUCUCUACCAUGUAGGCACACUCUGCCUGCCCCCCAUGGUUACCCAUGCUACUGGUGAAACCAUCUAGUCCCCACAGUAUGCAUUGAAUGCUGAACUAAUGUAUCCUAACCGUUUGAUCUCAAAACACUAGCCCAUACCUCCAUAUUUUGGCUAUACAGAAGGAAUUGUAUCACAUGCACAUGUGAAGCAGGGAAUUGUAAAUUAAAGGCAUACAAAUCCCGCCCACCCUUCCCCUGUUAUGGCAACUGCUGUAGCAGCUCUAAAAUGAUUUAUCUGAAGAGUCCAGUAGCUGUAAGGAAGACCCUAUUAAACGGAAGGCAUGACAUGCUAAAGGCAUUCUCAUGGCUGCAAAGGAGCAGGAGCAGAUACAACCCAAGCACUGCCUAUGGGUUACAUGUUCUUAUCCCAUGCCAUGUAGUUCUUUACCUCCACACUUCUGGUCAAUUUGCUUAAACUGGAGUUAGAGGUCUGCAAAACCAGGAUUUCAGUGGUGGAUUUGAGGCCCCAAAGGAAAUGGGGCCACAAAUCCAUGUGGGCUACUUUUGAAGCAGACUGAAGGCCACAGGUAGCCUCAGAAAAGUUUAUUUAAAUGGUUAAGAGCCCAGCUUAUUCUCAGUUUAUCUCUUCAUUAGCACAAGCAGUUUUCUAAAUAGAAGAGUAUCUCCUUUGAGUGCUAGACCUUGGCCUAUAGCCUUCCAUGAUUCCAUAACAAGCAGAUCCUUCUUCUUCUUCUUCUUCUUCUUCUUCUUCUUCUUCUUCUUCUUCUUCUUCUUCUUCUUCUUCUUCUUCUUCUUCUUCUUCUUAUUAUUAUUAUUAUUAUUAUUAUUUGACGUAGGCAAUUGUUUUAGUAGAUCCAAAAGCCAGGUUGAUCAUGCCUAAAGUGGCAGCUGCAGGAGGAUUUUAUUGCCCCACUUGGGAAGCUUUGCUCUGAUUCGAGUGCUCCAUUUACUUCUGUACACACUCCCAAUAUGUUGGCAAGCAAAUCAUGAUUUGUGUUGAUGCAAAAUGAAGGCCUUGCAGACUACAGCAAGCAAAAUCCCUUGCAGGAUUUUCUGGACUCUGCCGCUUAAACAGCCAAAUGUUGUUUGCUCAUGCUAAUACAAAUUCUUGUAUUACUAGGAGCAGGGCCUUGAUUUCUCUAUCCAGCUGGGGCGGGGGGAGUUACUUGUCUGAUGGUAAAAAAACAACGAACAGUAGAAUUCCUUUUAUCUUCCCAUUUUUUCUAAAAGAGAAAGAUGGUAUGAAGCCAUAGCAGAGUCAUUUUAAUUUUAACUGUGUAACACUUGCCAUUAGUAAGACCACUUGUGUUCUGUUUUUAGGAAUUGGGGUACAUAGAGCAUCAGGAAUGCACAACUUGACCCCUUGUUCUCAAGAUUUUUGUCAGCCCUACAUGAAAGAGUGCUUGUGUUGGGAUCCUCUUCUCUGAGACUCUUCUCUGUUUAGCAUGUAUUUACAGAGAUGUAUGAAUAUUUGAUUAAUGAGUCACGGUCUCUGGAGAAAUUUAAUAACGGUACUGGUAUACAAAGCCAGCUCCUUUACUGUUAACACAGCUGCUAAUAGUGUCUGUGACACUGAAGCCCUUUUCUAGAUCUAAUUGUACUCUGGGAAGUAAAUUCUUUCCUUACAAGGGAAGACAUUAUUCACGCUUCAAUUUUUGAACUUUUGCAAGCUCACUUUACUGGCUCUCAUUUGUAAAGAUUUUUUCCUGUGGAAACAAUCUGUGAUAUGUGAGCUGUAAAAAGCUGCUGUUGUUGUUUUGAUGAAAGUUGAUAGGAAGAUUUCAAAGAUAUCCAUCGUACCCUCCAAUAUCUCUUUUCAAAGAAGAAAAGGAGGCCA